AUGUCUCAACAAAAUAGUAAAUUACAUUAUUAUUCGGACGGAGAUAUUUUAUUUAUCGUAGAGAGCACAAUAUUUCGCAUACACAAGAAUAUUAUAGGAUUAGCUUCAAAAAUGUUUUAUGACAUGUUUACUUGUGCUGUUCCAAAUUCACCUUCCGAUGAGGAGAAUAUACCGGAAAUAGUAUUAGAGGGAGAACAGAGCAAGACAUUCGAAGAUUUAUUAUCGUAUAUCUAUCCAAAUACGUACAUCAUGAUAGAUUGGAAUAACGUCGGUGAAUUCUUGAGAUUUUCAGAAAAAUACAUCAUUGAUUCAGUCUUAACAAGCGCGAAAAUGUUCCUGGAGAGAGAAUUUCGUAGGAAUCCUUUGUAUUCAUUAUUGCUCGCUGAUAUAUAUAAUUUUAGAUCCCUUUACAAAGAAUCAUCCAAAUUGGUCCUAGACAAAUUUCCAGAGUAUAAAAGAAAAGGAACCUUUUCUCAACUUUCCUCAUAUACUCGGGAUUCUUUGACCAACAAGUACAAUUCCUACACGAAUUCUCUGACCAAAUUGGCCAAUAUAGAAUUCACUUCAGGUUACCUACAUUGUGAUGAGUGUAACAAACCUACCGAUCAUGAUUUAAGGAUCAAUCAAGAAUUCAUUGAAAGAAGUAGACAAGUACAAGUGUUGCCUUUACCCUUACCACCCACCCCUCCUUCUAUAACGAGAAGAAUAUUAUUUAAUAGCCUUGGAUAUAGAACUUGUGAUAAUCAAUUCAUGACUUUUCAAUUACCUAGAAAAUUUAAAAAACAUUUUGGUGUUUUUGAACCCCUAGAGUGUAAAAAGCAUAAAAAAGAUCCUGAUUUUUAUCCUUACAUUGAAUUAAGUGAAUAG